AUGGCCAUGAUGGAGACCGGUAGAGUUGUGGGCAAGCCCAAGAAGCGGUCCCCACCUUCCGAGAAGCGGAUGAAAUGGAUGUUAGCAACCAUGGCCAUGAUGAUGAUCCUGGAGGGCUGGAAUGACGGGAGUCUUGGACCUGUAAUUCCCGCCUUGCAAGAUUACUAUCAUGUCGAUUACAUGCACAUAUCUAUGAUAUUCAUCUUGACAUUUUGUGGCUGUUUCAUCGCUGGGUUCGGUAACAUUUGGCUCGACGAUGCGCUCGGUUUUGGAUAUACUGCAACGUUCGGAUCAGCCUGUCAAGGCAUGUCAUAUAUAGUCAAUGUCUGGGGUCCACCUUUUCCCAUCUUUGUUGCUGCAUUCAUCUUCACAGGGUUCGGAUUCGCUCUUCAGGACGCUCAAUGUAAUGCCCUUUGCUCCAGGCUGCCCAACGCUUCGACCAAAUUGUCCCUGCUUCACGCAUGUUUUGGACUCGGCGCGUUCAUCGCACCGUUCUUCGCGACCGCCUUUGUACAAGCUUAUCGGCAAAAAGUCUAUCUAUACUUUUGGAUGCCAUUCGGGGUCGCCGCCAUCACGGUUACUCUGCUCGUGCUGGUAUUCCAAGGCCGCAGCGUAGAUGAUGUCGUCGAGUCCGAGUCAUCGGAGAAAGCGAUGGACGACGAAGCAGCUGUACCCCUUGUGGAAUCUGGUAAAGACGUGCUCAGGGAGGAAGAGGAAAAGAAGGAGGUCAUUUCUGGGACCGACAAGCUGCGGCGAUUGUUCAGCGAUUCCGCGAUCAUGUACAUCCUACUGUUCAUCAUUGUCUAUGUCGGAUACGAGGUGGCCAUAGGUGGAUGGGCUGUCACCUUUUUGAUUGAUGCUCGAGGUGCAAGUCUGGAUUCGGGCUAUGUCUCGGCAGGCUACUAUGGAGGUAUCGCCGCUGGCAGAGCUAUCCUCAUACCAGUGACCAACGCCCUUGGACAUCGUCGGGCAAUCUUUGUCUACCUGAUCGCUGCGAUCCUCCUGGAAGUCUGCAUAAUGCUCGCUCCAUCCAUCUUUAUUGAUGCCGUGGCAUUUUCUCUCGUGGGAGUGGUCAUCGGACCUAUCUAUCCCGCCGCCAUCGUUGUUAUCACCGAAAUCAUCCCCUUAAAUUUGCAGUCUGGAACCAUUGGUCUCAUGGGCGCACUGGGAGGUGCAGGGAGUGCCAUGAUGCCAUUUAUCGUUGGGGCGUUAUCAGAUUUUCUCGGUAUUUGGGUGCUUCAACCUGUCUGCAUCCUGCUCAUGAUAGGAGACCUGAUAUUAUGGAUACUCAUCGCGAGGAAGGAGAAGAUUGCACCAUCGAUCCGGUGA